CUAUCCACCUUAUCAUCCCAUAUCUCCCAACUCAAAACACCCCCAGAGCCAGAGGAGAGAGAAACAUCGAUCAGAAGCGGCUAAACAGUUCGCACAGAUGGCGGGAGUCUCCUUCCUCUCCACUCUCCCUUCUCUCCUCCCCCACUCCCCUCAGCCAUCUCUCUUGUUAGCCGCACCGAAACACACCAAUGGUGGAAUCUGCUGCCAACAUAAGGUGGAUGAUUCCGGUGUUCCUGAUGGACAGCACCGAUCUAAUCGAAGGGAUGUUCUCAGCUGCUUUGGUGCGGUCAUUGGCGUGGAAAUGAUAGGCAGGUCAGGGUCAUUCACAAGAAUGGCCAAUGCCGCCGAUUUGAUUCAACGUAGACAACGCUCAGAAUUUCAGUCAAAUAUCAAAGAUACUCUUUCUGCAGCUGUCAAGGGAUACCCAGAUCUCGUACCAUCUAUACUGACCCUCGCAUUAAAUGAUGCCAUGACAUAUGACAAGGCCACAAAAUCUGGGGGUCCAAAUGGAUCAAUCAGUUUAAGUCCGGAAAUCAGCAGACCUGAAAAUAGUGGGCUUUCUGCUGCUUUGAAUCUCCUAGUGGAAGCAAAAAGGGACAUAGAUUCUUACUCCAAGGGAGGGCCUAUUUCAUUUGCAGACCUCAUCCAGUUUGCAGCACAAGCAGCUGUAAAGAAAACCUUUCUUGAUUCUGCAAUCCGCAAAUGUGGUGGGAACGAAGAGAAGGGGAGAUUAUUAUAUACAGCAUAUGGUUCAAAUGGACAGUGGGGCUUGUUUGACAAACAAUUUGGGCGAAAUGAUGCUCAAGAUCCUGAUCCAGAAGGAAGGAUUCCUCGGUGGGAUAAGGCUUCUGUCCAGGAAAUGAAAGACAAAUUCUCUGCUAUUGGAUUUGGUCCUCGCCAGCUUGCUGUUAUGUCUGCAUUUCUGGGUCCUGAUCAAUUGGCUACAGAGAGCCUUUUGGCAUCAGAUCCAGAAGUUCUUCCAUGGGUUGAAAAGUAUCAGCGUAGCCGAGAGACUGUGUCACAAACUGAUUAUGAGGUUGACCUAAUAACAACCCUCACAAAACUGAGCUCCCUUGGCCAACAAAUAAACUAUGAGGCAUAUACAUACCCAGUGAAAAAGAUUGAACUAAGUAAAUUGAAACUGUAAGGAGCAGCCAGGGUGCUCAAUUUACUAACUCCUGAGACUAUGCUUUCAAAAGUCAGUACUUCCCUUGUGCAUCUAUUCGACAUUGGUUGAAAGUUUCGGGCAACUCUCAUCACCCUUAAAUGCAACUUUGCUGUCUCUAAGCAUUUUGUUGUUCCAAAGGAGCCUUGGUGCAAGGAAAGAAGAUAGAUACAAGACUCCUGGUAAUUGUUUGUACCUUAUAUCAACAUAAUGUUUUCUUUACAUUGUCUUGUCAUUAUGUCAGAACAUUUAUAUGGCCUUCAGUAGCUAUGGUAGUUGUCUGUAAUUUUUUAUAUGUAGUUCAUGAGAAAGUGACACCAAGAAUCAAUUCUUCCAAUCAAUUUG